AUGGCUGGAGAUGCAGAACCUGCAAAAGAUGUUUCGGUCGUGCUCAUCGACGAGAUGCUGCUAAGCGCCGAACUCACAGGCAUGUAUCCCACAGUUGCCGAUCCAGAACCUAGAGGUCCCGAAUACGUAAACGGUAUCGACAUGAGGACGAAGAGAAGCAGAAACCACUCGAUGAUUCCGAAACCCAUCCUAGUCGAUGACGAAUAUGGAUAG